GCAUUCCUGAUUGUUAUAGUAUUUAUUUCAUCUAUAGCUUUUCCGCUAUAAAUCUGGCCGUCUUGCCAUUUGUACAUACUACUCUGCCUCUGACUGGGGCAAGCAAAGCAUUGGGGCUUGGGAUUUCUCGAAGCCAUAAAAGAGUGAGCCCCAAAAAGAAGCCUACCAAAGUACCACUACGACUCCGCCUCCGGCUCCGAGAGCAGCAGCCUCAGUACCACCAGUCCAGUCCAGCCUCCAGCUAGGGGAAGAAGAAGAAGAGCGAAGGAAGGGGACGGGGGCGAGGAAGGAGCCAGAGCAGACCCAAUCCCUCAAUGGCUUCCUCUCGCGCUCUCGCUCUCGCUCUCUUCCUCCUCUGCGCCCUGCUGCCCGCGCCCCCUGUCUCGGCCACAUUGCUGUUCGGCGGCGGCGAGUCGGCCAAGAAGGCGGGCGUCGACGCGGAGUGGCGGCCGGCCACUGCGACGUGGUACGGCGAGGCAGAGGGCGACGGCAGCGACGGCGGCGCGUGCGGGUACGGGACGCUGGUGGACGUGGUGCCGAUGAAGGCGCGGGUGGGGUCGGUGAGCCCCGUGCUGUUCAAGGACGGCGAGGGCUGCGGCGCCUGCUACAAGGUCAGGUGCCUGGACCGCGGCGUGUGCUCGCGCCGUGCCGUCACGGUGGUCGUCACGGACGAGUGCCCCGGCGGGCUGUGCGCGUUCGGCCGCACCCACUUCGACCUCAGCGGCGCCGCGUUCAGCAGGAUGGCCGUCGCCGGGGCCGGCGGCCGGCUGCGCGACCGGGGCCAGCUGUCCGUCGUGUACAGGAGGACGGCCUGCAAGUACGGCGGGAAGAACAUCGCGUUCCGUGUGAACGAGGGCUCGACUAACUUCUGGCUCUCGCUGCUCGUCGAGUUCGAGGACGGCGAGGGCGACAUAGGAUCCAUGCAGAUAAAGCAGGUCUACGACGUGAAAUUAGAAGCGAACGGUAAUUAUAAAACUGUUCUAAAUUAUGACAGUUAGAAUCUGUCUGCUUCAACUUGUUGUUUGGAACUAAAAAGGUCCGAACUGAUAUACAAUUUAGAGCAGAGUGGCACGCAGCAAAGCGGUCGGUAGGAAAAGAGGGGCUGCUACUCCAGAGUUGCUUGUGGAGACAUCGAACGUGCGUGCUCCAGAGUUGCUUGCUUUCAGUACUUGUGUCAAUAGCAUUGCCUGUUGCCGCUAUCCUGUCCUCUCUGUCACGGUAGAUCUGAUGGAUCUGGAGAUGAGAGGCGAGAGGCCGACCGUAAGACCUGGCAGCUAAAAAAAUAUCUUUGAAUAAAAAGGGAUUCUAGCUCCUUGAAUCUAAUUCGGUUUUGUUGCUUCUAAACUAGUCUUUGGUGUUGUUUACCCAUUCUACUG